AUGACGGAGGCUUUGCGAGCGCCCAAGGAGACUGACAGCCGAGGAGCUUCGGCGUCGCGUGCGUUGCCUAUCCCCGCGAUCGUCACCAACCUUGCAACCGGCUCUUCUUCGAGCCUUAAGAGGAAUGGCAGCAACCUGACAAUCAAUAAGGACAGCGGUAGUCCUAAUGAGGGAAAGCCGGGGCUGCUGCGGACUUCUCAGUCGUUCCCUAUCGGAUCGGCUCCGUCGGAUGUAGCGUCAACCCUCAGUGGUAACCCGCUGGAUGCUCGAAAGAAUUCUCGGUCAGGUCAGGGCCAAAGUAAUGCCUCUAUCGGGGUCACUAGGAGCUCGCUCUCUUCUCCGACCCUUGUCGAGGUCAGCGCCGACUCCAGCGCAAUAGAUCCGUUGUCGCAGCAUAUUAUUAAACGCACCAAUACCGAGAAGUCGAUCCCUUUAAAGCUCCUCGGAAGGGCGUCAUACGAGGCGGAAGCUGGCGGAACUGACGGGCUACCUGAGCAAGGCCCAAUCCGAGAUGCCGCGCUACACCGCAAGCCGUCCAAGGAGAAGAAAAAAGGCGUAUCGUUUCUCAGCCGGAUUAUUGGCGGUAAGAAAAAGGAUCAAAUUUUCGACGACGACGACGAUGUCUCUGAACCGGAUACUGCUCGUAUGGACACUACGCAACCGAUAGGCUUCUUUCCUCGAUUUCCCCGUCCUCCAAAGUACAUCCGGGUCAGGGCGCAUUAUAAGAAGGAGAAAACAUUCAGUCGAGUCUUUGUGGCGCAGGAGCUUGAAGGUGCAGAUGAUGUGUCACACUCAUCCGAAAAAGAUGGGUCGUCUUCAGUAGCGGGGGCAAGGAGUAGUAAAAAUACAGGGAAAGCAGUAUGGGCUCUAGUGUUCUCCAAUGACGGCAAAUAUUUGGCGGCUGCCGGCCAAGAUGGUAAGGUCCGGGUUUGGACUGUUAUUACUUCACCGGAGGACCGCCAUGAACCCGAGGUAGACGAAGAUGGGAGUCAGGAUAGUGAUGAGCCUUCUCAGUUAAAAGCACCGGUGUUCAAGGCGAAGCCAGUCCAGGUGUACGAGGGUCAUAUAGGCAGUGUGCUUGAUCUAAGCUGGAGCAAGAAUAAUUUUCUCCUUUCUUCUUCCAUGGACAAGACGGUCCGACUGUGGCAUGUGAGCCGACCUGAAUGUCUGUGUAUAUUCAAACAUAGCGACUUCGUUACCUCCAUUCAAUUCCAUCCCCGGGAUGACCGGUUUUUCCUUGCAGGUUCACUUGACACGAAACUUCGGCUUUGGAGUAUCCCGGAUAAGAGUGUGGCAUUUGUUGCGACAGUUCCUGAUAUGAUAACAUCGGUCGCUUUCACUCCGGAUGGUCGGCAUUCGAUUGCUGGUUGCCUAAACGGAAUGUGCAAUAUCUAUGAAACCGACGGCCUUAAACCAAUCACGCAGUUCCAUGUCCGCUCAGCACGUGGACGCAAUGCCAAAGGCAGCAAAAUUACGGGAAUUGAUACUGCUAUUUUUCCAAAGGGAGACCCUCAGGGCGAGGUGAAGCUAUUAAUCACCAGCAACGAUUCUCGGAUUCGAAUGUACAACUUUAGAGACCGGACCCUGGAGGCAAAAUUCCGCGGCAAUGAAAACACAUGCAGCCAGAUCCGCGCUUCCUUCAGUGAUGAUGGGAAACACGUCAUUUGUGGAAGUGAGGAUCGCCGGGCUUAUCUAUGGCCGACAGCUCCAAUUGAGAAGGAUUCGGACAAGCGUGCUGUGGAAGUUGUGGAACCACAGUCGGCCAUGGUGACGGUAGCUAUCAUGGCUCCCUCGAAAACGAAACAGACCCUAGGAUUUUCUGAAGAUCCGAUUUACGAUUUCUGCAACCCGCCACCCGUGACGCUAGGUAGCUCGAAAGAGAACGGACCUCAUCGCAACUCGGUAGCUAGCAAACAGGCUCAGGAAUCGCCGGCGUACCUUGCUCGCUCGACCCAUCCGGGAGGGAAUAUUAUCAUAGUAGCCGACUACUCCGGAAAGAUCAAGGUCCUGCGACAAGAUUGCGCCUACCACAAACGGCGCUUUGAAAGCUGGGAUACGCAUUCAACGAUCUCUCGCAGACUGCUACGGCGCACAAACUCCGCGCGACACAGCAUCGCCUCGUCUAUUGGAAAGGAGUCGUCCCAUAAGACCCCCUCUGAGCGCAUCAUCUCCUGGCGCAACUCCGUGAUCGGCCAUACGGAGCGAAAGGAUGGUCACCACCCAGGGACACGGACUCGGAGCCCAUCCCCCCAGAGGCUCGCCGAUCGGUCGCAGUACUCGAGUCCCAGACGACGUGGAUCGCGCUCUGGGUAUACUAUUUCCCCCCCACCUUCUGCGUACAAAACCUCGACGGAGUACAAGACUUCGUUGGAUAGUGCAGGAUCGACCACAGAGGUACCAAGACGUAAUGGUGCAGCUAAUGCCCCCAAGGUACUCCAGGCAGCACCCCCAUUGGCUGCCGACAACCAACCAUAUCAGGAUAACCCUUUGUGGCUACAAGGCGACCACAGCUAUGCUUUCUACAAAAGAUCGCGCGAGACGCAUUAG